UCAAAGCUGUUUUCUGAUAUAUGUUGGGUACCAUAGAGUGAAUCUCAGAACAGGAAGCGGAGGCAUAAGCAGAGAGGAUUCUGGAAAGGUCUCUUUGUUUUCUUAUCCACAGAGAAAGAAAGAAAAAAAAUUGUAACUAAUUUGUAAACCUCUGUGGUCAAAAAAAAAAAAAAAAAAAAAAAGGCUGAACAGCUGCAGAGGAAGACACGUUAUACCCUAACCAUCUUGGAUGCUGGGCUUUGUUAUGCUGUAAUUCAUAAGGCUCUGUUUUAUCAGAGAUUAUGGAGCAAGAAAACUGAAGCCAAGCAAAAUCAAGGUUUGACAGGGAUGAGAUACCUGUCAAGGAUUCAUAGUAGAGUGGCUUACUGGGAAAGGAGCAAAGAAUCUCUUCUAGGGAUAUUGUAAGAAUAAAUGACAUAAUUCACAGAAGGGACCUGGAGUUUUUCCGGAAAAAGGUUCUGUGACUAUCUAAGGGGAAAAGCUGAGAGUCUGGAACUAGCCUAUCUUCCGAGGACUUAGAGACAACAGCAUGGGAAUUUCAACGAGACGUUUUUACUUUCUUUUGACCAAGAUUCAAAUUCUUUAUUCCAGCCCUUGAUAAGUAAAUAAGAAGGUAAUUCGUAUGCAAGAAGCUACACGUAAUUAAAUGUGCAGGAUGAAAAGAUGGCACAGGCACUGUUGGUACCCCCGGGACCUGAAAGCUUCCGCCUUUUUACUAGAGAAUCUCUUGCUGCUAUCGAAAAACGUGCUGCAGAAGAGAAAGCCAAGAAGCCCAAAAAGGAACAAGAUAAUGAUGAUGAUAACAAACCAAAGCCAAAUAGUGACUUGGAAGCUGGAAAGAACCUUCCAUUUAUUUAUGGAGACAUUCCUCCAGAGAUGGUGUCAGAGCCCCUGGAGGACCUGGAUCCCUACUAUAUCAAUAAGAAAACUUUUAUAGUAAUGAAUAAAGGAAAGGCAAUUUUCCGAUUCAGUGCCACCUCUGCCUUGUAUAUUUUAACUCCACUAAACCCUGUUAGGAAAAUUGCUAUCAAGAUUUUGGUACAUUCUUUAUUCAGCAUGCUUAUCAUGUGCACUAUUUUGACCAACUGUGUAUUUAUGACCUUGAGCAACCCUCCUGACUGGACAAAGAAUGUAGAGUACACAUUCACUGGAAUCUAUACCUUUGAGUCACUUAUAAAAAUCUUGGCAAGAGGGUUUUGCUUAGAAGAUUUUACGUUUCUUCGUGAUCCAUGGAACUGGCUGGAUUUCAGUGUCAUUGUGAUGGCAUAUGUGACAGAGUUUGUGGACCUGGGCAAUGUCUCAGCAUUGAGAACAUUCAGAGUUCUCCGAGCACUGAAAACAAUUUCAGUCAUUCCAGGUUUAAAAACCAUUGUGGGGGCCCUGAUCCAGUCGGUAAAGAAGCUUUCUGAUGUGAUGAUCCUGACUGUGUUCUGUCUGAGCGUGUUUGCUCUCAUUGGGCUGCAGCUGUUCAUGGGCAAUCUGAGGAAUAAAUGUUUGCAGUGGCCCCCAAGCGAUUCUGCUUUUGAAACCAACACCACUUCCUACUUUAAUGGCACAAUGGAUUCAAAUGGGACAUUUGUUAAUGUAACAAUGAGCACAUUUAACUGGAAGGAUUACAUUGGAGAUGACAGUCACUUUUAUGUUUUGGAUGGGCAAAAAGACCCUUUACUCUGUGGAAAUGGCUCAGAUGCAGGCCAGUGUCCAGAAGGAUACAUCUGUGUGAAGGCUGGUCGAAACCCCAACUAUGGCUACACAAGCUUUGACACCUUUAGCUGGGCUUUCCUGUCUCUAUUUCGACUCAUGACUCAAGACUACUGGGAAAAUCUUUACCAGUUGACAUUACGUGCUGCUGGGAAAACAUACAUGAUAUUUUUUGUCCUGGUCAUUUUCUUGGGCUCAUUUUAUUUGGUGAAUUUGAUCCUGGCUGUGGUGGCCAUGGCCUAUGAGGAGCAGAAUCAGGCCACCUUGGAAGAAGCAGAACAAAAAGAGGCCGAAUUUCAGCAGAUGCUCGAACAGCUUAAAAAGCAACAGGAAGAAGCUCAGGCAGUUGCGGCAGCAUCAGCUGCUUCAAGAGAUUUCAGUGGAAUAGGUGGGUUAGGAGAGUUGUUGGAAAGUUCUUCAGAAGCAUCAAAGUUGAGUUCCAAAAGUGCUAAAGAAUGGAGGAACCGAAGGAAGAAAAGAAGACAGAGAGAGCACCUUGAAGGAAACAACAAAGGAGAGAGAGACAGCUUUCCCAAAUCCGAAUCUGAAGACAGUGUCAAAAGAAGCAGCUUCCUUUUCUCCAUGGAUGGAAACAGACUGACCAGUGACAAAAAAUUCUGCUCCCCUCAUCAGUCUCUCUUGAGUAUCCGUGGCUCCCUGUUUUCCCCAAGACGCAAUAGCAAAACAAGCAUUUUCAGUUUCAGAGGUCGGGCAAAGGAUGUUGGAUCUGAAAAUGACUUUGCUGAUGAUGAACACAGCACAUUUGAAGACAGCGAAAGCAGGAGAGACUCACUGUUUGUGCCGCACAGACAUGGAGAGCGACGCAACAGUAACGUUAGUCAGGCCAGUAUGUCAUCCAGGAUGGUGCCAGGGCUUCCAGCAAAUGGGAAGAUGCACAGCACUGUGGAUUGCAAUGGUGUGGUUUCCUUGGUGGGUGGACCUUCAGCUCUAACGUCACCUACUGGACAACUUCCCCCAGAGGGCACCACCACUGAAACGGAAGUCAGAAAGAGAAGGUUAAGCUCUUACCAGAUUUCAAUGGAGAUGCUGGAGGAUUCCUCUGGAAGGCAAAGAGCCGUGAGCAUAGCCAGCAUUCUGACCAACACAAUGGAAGAACUUGAAGAAUCUAGACAGAAAUGUCCGCCAUGCUGGUAUAGAUUUGCCAAUGUGUUCUUGAUCUGGGACUGCUGUGAUGCAUGGUUAAAAGUAAAACAUCUUGUGAAUUUAAUUGUUAUGGAUCCAUUUGUUGAUCUUGCCAUCACUAUUUGCAUUGUCUUAAAUACCCUCUUUAUGGCCAUGGAGCACUACCCCAUGACUGAGCAAUUCAGUAGUGUGUUGACUGUAGGAAACCUGGUCUUUACUGGGAUUUUCACAGCAGAAAUGGUUCUCAAGAUCAUUGCCAUGGAUCCUUAUUACUAUUUCCAAGAGGGCUGGAAUAUCUUUGAUGGAAUUAUUGUCAGCCUCAGUUUAAUGGAGCUUGGUCUGUCAAAUGUGGAGGGAUUGUCUGUACUGCGAUCAUUCAGACUGCUUAGAGUUUUCAAGUUGGCAAAAUCCUGGCCCACACUAAAUAUGCUAAUUAAGAUCAUUGGCAAUUCUGUGGGGGCUCUAGGAAACCUCACCUUGGUGUUGGCCAUCAUCGUCUUCAUUUUUGCUGUGGUCGGCAUGCAGCUCUUUGGUAAGAGCUACAAAGAAUGUGUCUGCAAGAUCAAUGAUGACUGUACGCUCCCACGGUGGCACAUGAACGACUUCUUCCACUCCUUCCUGAUUGUGUUCCGCGUGCUGUGUGGAGAGUGGAUAGAGACCAUGUGGGACUGUAUGGAGGUCGCUGGCCAAACCAUGUGCCUUAUUGUUUUCAUGUUGGUCAUGGUCAUUGGAAACCUUGUGGUUCUGAACCUCUUUCUGGCCUUAUUGUUGAGUUCAUUUAGCUCAGACAACCUUGCUGCUACUGAUGAUGACAAUGAAAUGAAUAAUCUGCAGAUUGCAGUAGGAAGAAUGCAAAAGGGAAUUGAUUAUGUGAAAAAUAAGAUGCGGGAGUGUUUCCAAAAAGCCUUUUUUAGAAAGCCAAAAGUUAUAGAAAUCCAUGAAGGCAAUAAGAUAGACAGCUGCAUGUCCAAUAAUACUGGAAUUGAAAUAAGCAAAGAGCUUAAUUAUCUUAGAGAUGGGAAUGGAACCACCAGUGGUGUAGGUACCGGAAGCAGUGUUGAAAAAUACGUAAUCGAUGAAAAUGAUUAUAUGUCAUUCAUAAACAACCCCAGCCUCACCGUCACAGUGCCAAUUGCUGUUGGAGAGUCUGACUUUGAAAACUUAAAUACUGAAGAGUUCAGCAGUGAGUCAGAACUAGAAGAAAGCAAAGAGAAAUUAAAUGCAACCAGCUCAUCUGAAGGAAGCACAGUUGAUGUUGUUCUACCCCGAGAAGGUGAACAAGCUGAAACUGAACCCGAAGAAGACCUUAAACCGGAAGCUUGUUUUACUGAAGGAUGUAUUAAAAAGUUUCCAUUCUGUCAAGUAAGUACAGAAGAAGGCAAAGGGAAGAUCUGGUGGAAUCUUCGAAAAACCUGCUACAGCAUUGUUGAGCACAACUGGUUUGAGACUUUCAUUGUGUUCAUGAUCCUUCUCAGUAGUGGUGCAUUGGCCUUUGAAGAUAUAUACAUUGAACAGCGAAAGACUAUCAAAACCAUGCUAGAAUAUGCUGACAAAGUCUUUACCUAUAUAUUCAUUCUGGAAAUGCUUCUCAAAUGGGUUGCUUAUGGAUUUCAAACAUAUUUCACUAAUGCCUGGUGCUGGCUAGAUUUCUUGAUCGUUGAUGUUUCUUUGGUUAGCCUGGUAGCCAAUGCUCUUGGCUACUCAGAACUCGGUGCCAUCAAAUCAUUACGGACAUUAAGAGCUUUAAGACCUCUAAGAGCCUUAUCCCGGUUUGAAGGCAUGAGGGUGGUUGUGAAUGCUCUUGUUGGAGCAAUUCCCUCUAUCAUGAAUGUGCUGUUGGUCUGUCUCAUCUUCUGGCUGAUCUUUAGCAUCAUGGGUGUGAAUUUGUUUGCUGGCAAGUUCUACCACUGUGUUAACAUGACAACGGGUAACAUGUUUGACGUUAGUGAUGUUAACAAUUUGAGUGACUGUCAGGCUCUUGGCAAGCAAGCUCGGUGGAAAAACGUGAAAGUAAACUUUGAUAAUGUUGGCGCUGGCUAUCUUGCACUGCUUCAAGUGGCCACAUUUAAAGGCUGGAUGGAUAUUAUGUAUGCAGCUGUUGAUUCACGAGAUGUUAAACUUCAGCCUGUAUAUGAAGAAAAUCUGUACAUGUAUUUAUAUUUUGUCAUCUUUAUCAUCUUUGGGUCAUUCUUCACUCUGAAUCUAUUCAUUGGUGUCAUCAUAGAUAACUUCAACCAGCAGAAAAAGAAGUUUGGAGGUCAAGACAUCUUUAUGACAGAGGAACAGAAAAAAUAUUACAAUGCAAUGAAGAAACUUGGAUCCAAGAAACCUCAGAAACCCAUACCUCGCCCAGCAAACAAAUUCCAAGGAAUGGUCUUUGAUUUUGUAACCAGACAAGUCUUUGAUAUCAGCAUCAUGAUCCUCAUCUGCCUCAACAUGGUCACCAUGAUGGUGGAAACGGAUGACCAGGGCAAAUACAUGACCCUAGUUUUGUCCCGGAUCAACCUAGUGUUCAUUGUUCUGUUCACUGGAGAAUUUGUGCUGAAGCUCGUCUCCCUCAGACACUACUACUUCACUAUAGGCUGGAACAUCUUUGAUUUUGUGGUGGUGAUUCUCUCCAUUGUAGGUAUGUUUCUGGCUGAGAUGAUAGAAAAGUAUUUUGUGUCCCCUACCUUGUUCCGAGUGAUCCGUCUUGCCAGGAUUGGCCGAAUCCUACGUCUGAUCAAAGGAGCAAAGGGGAUCCGCACGCUGCUCUUUGCUUUGAUGAUGUCCCUUCCUGCGUUGUUUAACAUCGGCCUCCUGCUCUUCCUGGUCAUGUUUAUCUAUGCCAUCUUUGGGAUGUCCAACUUUGCCUAUGUUAAAAAGGAAGCUGGAAUUGAUGACAUGUUCAACUUUGAGACCUUUGGCAACAGCAUGAUCUGCUUGUUCCAAAUUACAACCUCUGCUGGCUGGGAUGGAUUGCUAGCACCUAUUCUUAAUAGUGCACCACCCGACUGUGACCCUGACACAAUUCACCCUGGCAGCUCAGUUAAGGGAGACUGUGGGAACCCAUCUGUUGGGAUUUUCUUUUUUGUCAGUUACAUCAUCAUAUCCUUCCUGGUUGUGGUGAACAUGUACAUCGCGGUCAUCCUGGAGAACUUCAGUGUUGCUACUGAAGAAAGUGCAGAGCCCCUGAGUGAGGAUGACUUUGAGAUGUUCUAUGAGGUUUGGGAAAAGUUUGAUCCCGAUGCGACCCAGUUUAUAGAGUUCUCUAAACUCUCUGAUUUUGCAGCUGCCCUGGAUCCUCCUCUUCUCAUAGCAAAACCCAACAAAGUCCAGCUUAUUGCCAUGGAUCUGCCCAUGGUCAGUGGUGACCGGAUCCACUGUCUUGAUAUUUUAUUUGCCUUUACAAAGCGUGUUUUGGGUGAGAGUGGAGAGAUGGAUGCCCUUCGAAUACAGAUGGAAGACAGGUUUAUGGCAUCAAACCCCUCCAAAGUCUCUUAUGAGCCUAUUACAACCACUUUGAAACGUAAACAAGAGGAGGUGUCUGCCGCUAUCAUUCAGCGUAAUUUCAGAUGUUAUCUUUUAAAGCAAAGGUUAAAAAAUAUAUCAAGUAACUAUAACAAAGAGGCAAUUAAAGGGAGGAUUGACUUACCUAUAAAACAAGACAUGAUUAUUGACAAACUAAAUGGGAACUCCACUCCAGAAAAAACAGAUGGGAGUUCCUCUACCACCUCUCCUCCUUCCUAUGAUAGUGUAACAAAACCAGACAAGGAAAAGUUUGAGAAAGACAAACCAGAAAAAGAAAGCAAAGGAAAAGAGGUCAGAGAAAAUCAAAAGUAAAAAGAAACAAAGAAUUAUCUUUGUGAUCAAUUGUUUACAGCCUAUGAAGGUAAAGUAUAUGUGUCAACUGGACUUCAAGAGGAGGUCCAUGCCAAACUGACUGUUUUAACAAAUACUCAUAGUCAGUGCCUAUACAAGACAGUGACCUCUCUGUCACUGCAACUCUGUGAGACAGGGUAUCAACAUUGACAAGAGGUUGCUGUUUUUAUUACCAGCUGACACUGCUGAGGAGAAACCCAAUGGCUACCUAGACUAUAGGGAUAGUUGUGCAAAGUGAUCAUUGUAACUACACCAAACACCUUUAGUACAGUCCUUGCAUCCAUUCUAUUUUUAACAUCCAUAUCUGCCAUAUUUUUACAAAAUUUGUUCUAGUGCAUUUCCAUGGUCCCCAAUUCAUAGUUUAUUCAUAAUGCUAUGUCACUAUUUUUGUAAAUGAGGUUUACGUUGAAGAAACAGUAUACAAGAACCCUGUGGUCCUACUCUACAAGUCUCUCAAAUGAUCAGACAAAGGUGUUUUGCCAGAGAGAUAAAAUUUUUGCUCAAAACCAGAAAAAGAAUUGUAAUGGCUACAGUUUCAGUUACUUCCACUUUCUAGAUGGCUUUAAUUUUGAAAGUAUUUUAGUCUGUUAUGUUUGUUUCUAUCUGAACAGUUAUGUGCCUGUAAAGUCUCCUCUAAUAUUUAAAGGAUUAUUUUUAUGCAAAGUAUUCUGUUUCAGCAAGUGCAAAUUUUAUUCUAAGUUUCAGAGCUCUAUAUUUAAUUUAGGUCAAAUGCUUUCCAAAAAGUAAUCUAAUAAAUCCAUUCUAGAAAAAUAUAUCUAAAGUAUUGCUUUAGAAUAGUUGUUCCACUUUCUGCUGCAGUAUUGCUUUGCCAUCUUCUGCUCUCAGCAAAGCUGAUAGUCUAUGUCAAUUAAAUACCCUAUGUUAUGUAAAUAGUUAUUUUAUCCUGUGGUGCAUGUUUGGGCAAAUAUAUAUAUAGCCUGAUAAACAACUUCUAUUAAAUCAAAUAUGUACCACAGUGUAUGUGUCUUUUGCAAGCUUCCAACAGGGAUGUAUCCUGUAUCAUUCAUUAAACAUAUUUUAAAGGCUAUCACUAAUGCAUGUUAAUAUUGCCUAUGCUGCUCUAUUUUACUCAAUCCAUUCUUCACAAGUCUUGGUUAAAGAAUGUCACAUAUUGGUGAUAGAAUGAAUUCAACCUGCUCUGUCCAUUAUGUCAAGCAGAAUAAUUUGAAGCUAUUUACAAACACCUUUACUUCUGCACUUUUAAUUCAACAUGAGUAUCAUAUGGUAUCUCUCUAGAUUUCAAGGAAACACACUGGAUACUGCCUACUGACAAAACCUAUUCUUCAUAUUUUGCUAAAAAUAUGUCUAAAACUUGUUUAAAUAUAAAUAAUGUAAAAAUAUAAUCAACUUUAUUUGUCAGCAUUUUGUACAUAAGAAAAUUAUUUUCAGGUUGAUGACAUCACAAUUUAUUUUACUUUAUGCUUUUGCUUUUGAUUUUUAAUCACAAUUCCAAACUUUUGAAUCCAUAAGAUUUUUCAAUGGAUAAUUUCCUAAAAUAAAAGUUAGAUAAUGGGUUUUAUGGAUUUCUUUGUUAUAAUAUAUUUUCUACCAUUCCAAUAGGAGAUACAUUGGUCAAACACUCAAACCUAGAUCAUUUUCUACCAACUAUGGUUGCCUCAAUAUAACCUUUUAUUCAUAGAAGUUUUUUUUUAUUCAACUUUUGUAGUAUUUACGUAUGCAGACUAGUCUUAUUUUUUUAAUUCCUGCUGCACUAAAGCUAUUACAAAUAUAACAUGGACUUUGUUCUUUUUAGCCAUGAACAAAGUGGCAAAGUUGUGCAAUUAUCUAACAUGAUAUAAAUUUUUGUUUUUUGCACAAACCAAAAGUUUAAUGUUAAUUCUUUUUACAAAACUAUUUACUGUAGUGUAUUGAAGAACUGCAUGCAGGGAAUUGCUAUUGCUAAAAAGAAUGGUGAGCUACGUCAUUAUUGAGCCAAAAGAAUAAAUUUCAUUUUUUAUUGCA